AUGAAAGACUACCGUCCUAUCUCAUGCUGUAACGUGAUCUACAAAGUAAUCUCCAAGCUUCUAGCCAACAGGAUGAAAGGUCUGCUUCCGCUUUUCAUCUCUUUGAACCAGUCUGCGUUCGUUAAAGAUCGUUUGCUUAUGGAAAAUGUUCUCUUAGCUUCAGAAUUGGUGAAGAAUUAUCAUAAUGACUCGGUCACAGAGAGAUGUGCAAUGAAGAUCGAUGUUUCCAAAGCUUUUGACUCUGUUCAAUGGUCUUUUCUGUUGAAGGUUUUGGCUGCAUUGAACUUCCCGGAGAAAUUUAUUACUUGGAUUAAGAAAUGCAUUGAAUUAGCCUCUUUCUCAGUGCAGAUAAAUGGAGAGUUAGCGGGGUAUUUUAACAGCAAGAGAGGAUUACGCCAAGGCUGUGCUUUAUCACCCUAUCUCUUCAUUGUUUGUAUGCAAGUUCUCUCCAAGCUCUUUGAUAAAGCUGCAGUAGAGAAGAAAAUUGGCUAUCACCCUUACUGCAAGGAUAUAAAUCUGACGCAUAUUUGUUUUGCUGAUGAUGUUUUGGUGUUUUCAGACGGGAAGAAGACUUCUAUUAAGGGUAUAUUAGCAGUCUUUCAAGAGUUUUCAAGGGUUUCUGGUCUGAACAUUAGCUUGGAAAAAUCAACUCUCUAUUUGGCUGGAGUACAAGCAGAAGAUAGUGAAGCUAUAAUGGAGCAAUUCCCCUUUGAUUCUGGGUUUUUACCGGCUGGGCGACUAAUAGAGCUAACAGGGGAAAGAUGGCCUAUGGAUCUUGGCAUUCCCAUAAAUAGCUCAGUGGAGAGUGCUAUUCAGCUCUAUAGAGCUAAACGACAUAGAGCCCCAGUUCUUCAAUUGAUUGAUAAGGAAGUUAUGAGGCUAAGGAAUAAAGGUCUUAAUAACCAGGAAGAUCUAAGCCUUUGGAGGAGGGAGAAUGGUGAUUUCAAGGAGGAUUUCUCAACUGCACAAACCUGGAAUAUCAUCAGAACCCAAGCUCCAAAGGUUCCUUGGUUCAAAGGAGUUUGGUUCUCUGGUGCAACUCCUCGGCUUUCUUUCAUGGUAUGGAUUGCUAUACAUGACAGAUUGGCUACUGACGAUCGGAUAAGUAGAUGGAAUCCUCAGGCCAUUGUUCAUUGUUGGCUAUGCCAAGGCCACUUUGAGAAUAGAGAUCAUUUGUUUUUUGAAUGUGGCUAUUCAAAGGAGGUGUGGUGUGAACUUGUUAAGAAUCUAGCAGGAAGCAGAAGGAUUUAUGAAUGGUUAAGUGUGACCCGUGAAGUAGUGAGAGGGCUUCGGGGGAAGAUGGAGACAUUUCUUUAUCGCUAUUGUUUUCAGCUUGCUGUCUCUGCGAUUUGGAGAGAGCGAAAUGUAAGAAGAGUGGGGGAGAGCAUGCUCAGACGGCAGCUUGUCUCACAGCCCGCCUGGAUAGGAUGGUAA